AUGCUCUCGUGGUACGAGGACAUGGAGCGCACGCGGCCGCUCACGAGAGAGCAGAUCAUGACGGGCGAGUACACGGGGAUAUACGUGUCGCUGGGAUACCACCUGCGGCACUGCACGGCCAUGUGGCGGCGCAUGCACCGCGCGCUGCUGGAGGGUGGAGGAGGUUUGUCGAGGGUGGACAGCUACAUCUGGAGCUACCAUCACACGCGGCACUGCGAGGAUAUGCUAUUGACGCGGUACAACGAGAGCGAGUUUGGGGACGUAUUCACGACGGAGGUUAGGAUAAAGUAUCCCGACUGCGGCGUCGUAUUCUAG